UGCGCACGCGCCGCGCUUUUCCACCCGGCCUCCGCGGCGGGCCGCGGAGCAGUUCCCCGGGGGGCGCGGCUCGCCUGUGCCUGUGGCUCGGCAACGCCUGGGCGCCGCUCGGGCAGCACGUCCUGCCCGCAGCCUCCGUCUCGGCUCCGCUGAAAGCCGGUGGGGGGGGCCGGCCCGGGCAGGGGUGAGGUGCCCCUGCCUCAGUUUCCCUGUGUCCGCAGCCAAAGUCUUUAUGUGUGCAAAACUCCCAUUGAAGCCAAUGUGAAUUUGAGUUCACAAACUGAAUCUGGAAAAAAUGAUCCAAAGGAUGAUGCUGAAAUUGGAAAAUCUAGUCCAGUUAUAUUGUGCUUGCAGACAGCUGCAUAGUCUUUCUUAUAGGAAAAUUCACAGAACGCAGUGGAAGCCUGUGCAAUUAUCCACAUACCCCAACCGGCCAGUUCAGUUGCACCCACCGCUCUGGCAGACAGACACGUUCAUCAGUGUUGCACUCUCACAAUAUAGGCUUUUAUCUACAAAGGAGGAGAAAAGAGUAGGAAAACAGAAAUUACCACAAAUUAAACCUAAAAUAGAAAGGCAGGAGGUAGAGCUACAGAAGAGGAUGACAGUUGAAGACCUUGCAAGAGCUAUGGAUAAAGACAUAGAUCAUGUAUAUGAAGCCCUACUACUCAUAGGUAUUGACAUAGACUCACUAGAACAAGAUUCAGUUUUGGAAGAAGUCUGGAUCAAGGAAGUUAUUAAGAAAUCAGGGAUGAAGUACAAAUGGGCAAAAUUAAAACAAGAAAAAGUAAGAGAAAAUAAAGAUGCUGUGAGAAGGCCUCCUGCUGAUCCAGCUUUAUUAACCCCAAGGCCUCCUGUUGUUACUAUAUUGGGCCACGUCGAUCAUGGGAAAACAACUUUACUUGACAGGCUGCGAAAAACUCAAGUGGCAGCAAUGGAAGCAGGAGGCAUCACCCAGCAUAUUGGUGCCUUUCUUGUAAAUUUGCCUUCCGGGGAAAAGAUAACUUUUCUUGAUACUCCGGGACAUGCUGCAUUUUCAGCAAUGAGGGCAAGGGGUACACACAUCACUGAUAUUGUUAUAUUGGUUGUAGCUGCAGAAGAUGGAGUAAUGAAACAAACAAUAGAAUCCAUUCAACAUGCUAAAGAUGCCAAAGUUCCUAUCAUCGUUGCCAUAAACAAAUGUGACAAACCUGAAGCUGAUCCUGAAAGAGUGAAGAAAGAAUUGCUGGCUUAUGAUGUGAUUUGUGAAGAGUAUGGGGGUGAAGUUCAGGCUGUGCAUAUGUCUGCCCUUAAGGGUGAAAACCUGCUGGCUUUAGCAGAGGCAACUGUUGCUCUUGCAGAAGUGUUGGAGUUGAAGGCAGACUUCACAGGCCUAGUAGAGGGAACCGUAAUAGAGUCGCGUACAGAUAAAGGAAGAGGUCCAGUAACCACGGCUGUAAUCCAGAGAGGAACUCUGAGAAAAGGAUGUAUUCUGGUGGCAGGUAAAAGCUGGGCAAAAGUGCGCUUGAUGUUUGAUGAGAAUGGCAAAACAGUGGAUGAAGCUACUCCCAGUAUGCCAGUAGAAAUUGUGGGCUGGAAGGAAGUCCCUUCCGCAGGAGCUGAAAUCCUUGAAGUAGAAUCUGAGCAAAGGGCACAUGAAGUUGUUGAGUGGAGAAAUUAUGAUGAAAAACAGGAGAAAAUCAAAGAGGAUAUGGAUGUUAUUGAAGCAAAACAAAAGGAACACACAGAUGCAUACAAGAAAGAGCGAGAAAACCUAGGCAAUCUGACCUGGAGACAGAGAAAAGCAGCGUUGUAUAAAACCAACAAACAUCUAAUAACUAUGAGGUUUAAAGAGAGAGUGGAGAGUGACAGAAAUGUGCUACCUGUAAUUGUUAAAGGUGAUGUAGAUGGUUCCACUGAGGCAAUUCUAAGCAUUUUGGACAGCUAUAACGCCGACAAUGAAUGUGAAUUGGAUGUGAUCCAUUUUGGAGUAGGGGAUGUCAGUGAAAAUGAUAUAAACCUUGCUGAAACAUUUAAUGGUAUCAUAUAUGGAUUCAGUGUGAAUGCAAACAAAUCUAUUCAGCAGCUGGCUGCAAAAAAGGGAAUAAAAAUUAAACUUCACAAUAUUAUCUAUCGUCUUAUUGACGAUUUAAAAGAUGAGUUGAGCAGCAGAUUGCCUCCAUCUCUAGUAGAAAAUAUAAUAGGGGAGGCCUCUGUUCUUGCCACCUUCUUCGUCACAGUAGGAAAAAGCAAGGUUCCAGUGGCUGGCUGCCGAGUACAGAAGGGGCAGUUAGAUAGAAAGAUGCUGUUUAAACUAAUUCGUAACAGAGAUGUUAUUUGGAAAGGAUAUUUAACCUCAUUGAAGCACCAUAAAGAUGAUGUCCAGGUAAUAAAAACUGGCAUGGAUUGUGGCCUUAGUUUGGAUAAGAACAUAGAAUUCAAUAUUGGAGAUGAAAUUAUCUGCUAUGAAGAAAAGGAAGUUAAACAGACAAUUUCCUGGGAUCCAGGAUUUUAAAUCCUUUUACUUGAAUGUGGAGAAGAGGCAUUGCACUAUUUCUGAAUAGCUUCACAGAAUAUUCUUAUAUUAAAGAUACUUAAAGUGG